GGCGACACCUAUCGGCAGACAGAGUAACCACGUAGCGAAGAUGGCGCUACCUGUAAAGAACUGGAGACUGGUUUUAGCUCCAAUUUCAAUCGGGUUUCAGUGCGAUCGGGUGGUGCUAAAAUGUUGUUCGGCCGAGACGUCUGCUUUUUGGCUGUCUUCUUUGUUUUAGCUGUUGAUUCUAGGCCUCAACAAGAUUCUGCAAAUUCGAUACCAAAGGAAAGCCCAAGAGUGGCUAUAGUUGACCGCAACAGAUUCAUAAUCGAGAAGAAAAUAGAUUACAAACUCCUAGGACAACCUAAACUAUGUGGUUUUUCAACCAAGAACAUAUCCAGCAUAGCCCGUACGGGAGGUGGCAUGGCGAGAUUUCGAGACUGGCCAUGGAUGGCGGUUUUCGUCGAUAAGGAUUUGGAAAUACAAUUUUGUGGCGGGGCCCUGAUAACUCCGAGGCACGUCCUGACAGCAGCACAUUGUUUUACUCAUAAAGAAGCAAAAGAUAUGUUCGUAAGAGUUGGCGAAUAUGACUUAGCAAGAAAAAAUGAGACCCUGACGAAUGAUAUCGAAGUAGAGGAAUUGCGAUCGCAUGAAGACUUUGAGCCAAGUACUUUUGAACACGAUAUAGCAAUUCUUAAACUCGCAGAACCUGUAAGGUACUCCAUCUAUACUCAACCCAUCUGCCUGCCUUUGCCUGAACAAGAUUUCACCAACACAAUGGCUAUUGUAUCAGGAUGGGGCAGCGUAUCGUUUGGAGGUCCAAUGUCCGACGUUCUCUUAGAAGUGCCAGUUCCUGUCUGGGAACAGGCUGAAUGCGAAGAUCAUUUCCAACAGACUAUAUUCGAUACAGUGCAGUGUGCGGCAAGUCCAGAAGGUGGCAAGGAUGCUUGCCAGGGUGAUUCAGGCGGCCCUCUAAUGAGCCAAAGAGAGGACGGCAGAUGGAUGACGAUAGGGAUAGUGUCUUGGGGAAUAAGAUGUGGAGAACCAGGCAAACCAGGCAUUUAUACCAGGGUUAAUAAAUACCUCGACUGGAUAGCAGAGAACACGCAAGAUGUCAAAUAAUAAUGUUGUCACAAUGAAAUGUGAAUUUUUAAAUGACUUUAAAAUGUUAAUAUACUGAAAGAUAGAACCAAAAUACAAUCAGUUCUGUUUCCUCAAGUUAUCAAGGAAAUGUGUUGUCAAUUUAAUUUUAUACAUUUUAAAAGGCUGACUCAGUAAACUAUAUACUUGCUCAAUAAGGCAUUAUUUUAAUAAAAUAAAUCCAUUGAGUAUUAAUAUUAUAUUAAAAAUUAAAGUUUGUUUACAAAAUAAAGUUUUUUAUUU